UGCUAGUAGCUCGGUUCAGGCUCCGAGGACGGGCUGAAAACGACAGCAAGACAUAAGCUGUUUCUCCCCUCUCCAGAGGAAACACGGGCUGGGUUAAUUACCCGUUACGGUUCGGUGGCGGUGUUCCAACGGUAUUUAUAUCGAGUGGUGCCGUCCUGUGUUCUUUAUGUGAGGUCUAAGCCCUGACCAAACGGGUCACAGACGGGAGGAGAGACUCGGAGGAAAGCAUCUGUUUUCAAAGGCUUGGAUACUUUCUUUUAGUUUUUUAUUAAGUCCCUGAAACAGCCAACUGUUUUCCACCAAACCGCCAUCACCAUGGAGGCCAUUGCCAAAUAUGAUUUCAACGCCACUGCUGACGACGAACUCACGUUCAAGCGUGGAGAAAUCCUUAAAGUAUUAAAUGAAGAGUGUGAUCAGAACUGGUACAAGGCAGAGCUUAACGGAAAAGACGGAUUCAUUCCCAAGAAUUACAUUGAGAUGAGAGCCCAUCCGUGGUUCUUCGGGAAGAUUCCUCGUGCCAAAGCUGAGGAGAUGCUAAACAAACAGAGGCAUGAUGGAGCUUUCCUCAUCAGAGAGAGCGAGAGCGCCCCCGGAGACUUCUCCCUGUCUGUGAAGUUUGGAAAUGAUGUCCAGCACUUCAAAGUCCUUCGUGAUGGGGCUGGAAAGUAUUUCCUUUGGGUGGUGAAGUUUAACUCUCUCAACGAGCUGGUGGAAUACCACCGCACCACCUCCGUCUCACGCAAUCAGCAGAUCUUUCUUCGAGACAUUGAGCAGGUCCACCCGGCCCACCAGCAUCCCACGUACGUGCAGGCGCUCUUCGACUUCGCCCCACAGGAGGAAGGAGAGCUGGGUUUCCGACGUGGUGACGUGAUCCAAGUCCUUGACAACUCUGACCCCAACUGGUGGAAAGGCGGCUGCCACGGCCUAACGGGCAUGUUCCCCCGCAACUACGUCACCCCUGUCAAUCGGAGCAUGUAAACAGUCAGAACCAUGUGAAACCAGAACAACACAGCGACCAUCACUACCAUCAUCGCCAUCAUGAUUAUCGUUCGAUCUUCAUUAGCCUCCCCCCACCUCCAUGACCCCCCACCCCCCCGUCCCUCUUGGCCAUUCCAUGAUAAUAAGGGCAGAUGGGAGGAAUGCAGCAAAACUAAAAGAGAAGAGACAGGAUGGUUCUGGGUGGGUGACACCCCUCCUCCCCCCUGACACUCACCCACCCACCAGUGAUGAACACCUCUGAGGAUUCAACUGUGUGUGAGUGAGAUCAGAAAGUAAAGUGUAACGCAGUGACCAUGAAGAUUCUCAGCAGCUUCUGUCUCCUCCUCCUCCUCCUCAAACUUCCUAACAUUCUGCCGUUUUCUUUUUUCUAUUUUUUAUUUUGAUUGUUUUCUCCUUUUGGCGCAUGGUGUUCCAUCUCCUAAAUGAAAUGCCGACCCAUUAAAUCUUAACGCUGUUUUAAAGACAAAAUAAGUUAAAAAAAAGAAAAAAAAAAGAAUGAUUUUUAAAUAAUGUGCAAAAAAAGACCAGAGGAUGGAGAUGAUGCCAUUGAUAGUGCAGCACAAGUUUCCAUGUUGUUCUCCUCAUUGGCACGUGAGCGUUGUACAUCAGCCGACGGCUGUAUAAAUAAAUCAACUAUAGAGAGAA